GCCGAAGUUGGCUCAACUAUCGGACGUACUACACAAGAAAGAUCUCUCUUGUUCACAUCGCCAUGAGAGGCCAAUGCGAGCUCGCUUUUUAAACAAGAGGAGAGAGAUCCAUUGCAUCUUUCGCCACUUACAAGCCUGCUUCGUAGGCCCAGCCUGCUGAAAAGAUGGCUUUGGAGGAUGAGUUCAAGGAACAUGCAGAAAAGGCCAAGUCGUUGCCUGCGAGUACAAAAGAUGCGGACAAGCUGGUGCUCUAUGGGCUGUACAAGCAAUCCACCAUAGGAGCUGUCAAUACCGGUCGACCCGGGUUCUUCAGCCCCACGGAGAGGGCGAAAUGGGAUGCUUGGAAAGCAGUUGAAGGGAAGAGCAAGGAAGAAGCAAUGGCUGAUUAUAUCACCAAGGUGAAGCAGCUGCAGGAAGUGCCCUCCAGAUGAACUGAAUUCCAAUCCUUUUCUAUUUGGACUUUAGCGACUUUGAAACUUAGUCGAGCUGUGUUCUAUUCACAAUAUGCAACAAGUCCGUGAAUUUGAUUCUGUCUUCCAUUAACAAUUGUUUCUGCAA